AUGCCUGCAUUAAGAUUUAAAACGUGCCGUCUACUUCCAGGAAAUGUUCGGAACAGAGAACUUUCUCUAAUCCAACGCCGCAUUCUCCGAAGAUUGAGGAACAAGAGGAGAUCCAUUAAAAGAAAUCUUUCUAAGAGAGAAAAUCUAAACAGUAACAUCAAAUCACAAACUACACGAAAGUUGUCCCUUUAUUAUGGGGAUUUACCCAUAAGGAAGAUGCACAGAGGAAGAGAACGAACUUCAUAUAUCCCUUUUUUACUCAAUCAAGAAACAAGAUCGGACGUGAUUCCGGUUCGUCUCCGUUUUAGUGACACUCUUCCUCAAGCAAGGCAGCCGAUAAGUCAUCGAAGGGUUUGUUUGAAUAAUGGACUGGUAACCAUUACUCAUUUUAAAGUUUCCCAUGGUGAUCUAAUAUCUUUUAAAGAAAAUGACGCGAGAACCCGCGGUGAAGAAAUAAGGAGAUCUUUCUAUAUCGACAUAUCAGUUGGAAAAAUCAUAGGCAAAUUCCUACCGGUCAGAAUCUGGAGAAGAACAAAAACAGAAUGGUUCCGCUUACUCACAACUCAGAGGGGAUGCCGCUUACUACUCAAAUCCGGGUUUUUGCAAGAGUUGCGUUCUUAUAUGCAAGAAGAAGACUUAGAAAGAACAAAGAAGUUUGGAUCCGCAAAAGUAUGCUUAGGCAGUUCCUUCGCUGAGCACAACAGAAUGAAGAGGAAUUUGUUUCAUUUCAAAUACUUCUUCUUAUGGAAAAGAAGGAAGGAGGAAGAGGAAUUGAUAAGAACAAUAGGGGAAGCGGAAUGGAAAAGAAGGAAGGAGGAAGAGGAAUUGAUAAGAAGGAAGGAGGAAGAGGAAGGGGUAGAGGAGAUCCUCAAAGUUAUCGAGGAAAACGAAAACCGAAAAAGAGCAAUAAGCCCUUUUGUUUACACAAAAAAAUUAUAUAGAAAUUCGACCUAUUGCUCCGGAUCCCCGUUUACUAGGAAGAUAAGAAUCAAAAGGAUCGAACUACCUACUCAUUAUUCGGAGGUGAAUCAUAGAACACUAAAAGCUGUGGUAUCUUAUGGACCUAACAUAGGUCACAUCCCUCACGACAUAAGAUUGAAAGAUCCAAACCUUCCUCUUCGGAGCGGAAACGGACGUGGCCAAAACAUAUAA